CCGCGCAAUUGUUUGUAAAGUGCGUCGUUGGACAUAUACGCUGCCUUGGUGGUAAAAUGAAAUUUCGGAAAUAUCAGGAAAGUGUGUGAUUAGAAACGUAUCUUUUUAUUAUAAUAAUAAAAGCAGUAUAAGGACAACGUUAAUGACAAUUAUUGUGUUGAAACUUUAAAUACGUGUCAUAGCAUUACAUUUAAAACAUAUAUGAACGAUGUGAAUAUACUUCAGUAGAAACUGCUGUAAAAUAUUACCGUUAUGUUACUUUGUAUUAUUAUACAAGUAUUGUUAUAGAAAAGAAAACUGUUUUGUAUAUUUUGUAUAUUUGUUCUUAGGUGUACAAUAACUUGCAAUAGUGUUUUCUUACACCAAUGACUGUUUAAAAGUGAAGUAUGUGGUAACGAAUUAUACAAUAGCCCACCUUGUAGUGGUGUUAUAAAAAAACGGAUUUUAUUUAAGACGUCGUGAGGCUUGUGCUUAAUCUUAUUAAUGGCAUAAUGUACAGGACAAUGGAAGGUAUUGUUGCUCGCCUUGUCUACUCUGGAAUUACCUUCUGGUUCAUCGGGAACUUGUUGUUUCCCGAAUGCAAGUCUGUGGAACUUCCUUGCGUGAACAAAACGGAGAACUGCGGCCUGUUGAGCAAUCUAGUCAGCGCUCUUGGGAACGCCACGUGCAGCGGCCAUUGUUGGGCCGGAUGUGGCUCCGACGGUGUCUGUAUAGGCGGCUGUGUCGCUGGUUGGACCGGGGAUAAGUGCAAAAUUGCCUGUCGAGACUUUCAGUACGGGGUAAACUGUCAGAAAACGUGCGGUCACUGCGCUGAUGACGCAGUCUGUGACGUCAUAGACGGCACGUGCCCCGGAGGCUGCGUUCCCGGCUUCAUGGGACCGCUCUGCGAUGAACCCUGCCAGGCAUACGCAUACGGCGAGAAAUGCCUGGGACAGUGCGGCCACUGUCGCAACGGAAAGGCGUGCAACCAGGUCACAGGCGCUUGCUCGAACGGAUGUGCGCUGGGCUGGACUGGACCCAAAUGCGACCAAAUUUGCGAGGAUAUGACUUACGGUCUCGAUUGUAUCGGUCAAUGUGGCCACUGCGCAGGCGCACUGCCGUGUAACCACGUGACCGGGGUCUGCACAGACGGGUGCGCGCCGGGCUGGACAGGGGACAAGUGUAACAUAGAGUGCAGUCAGGGUUGGUACGGUCAGGAAUGCGACUUCCACUGCGGUCACUGCAUGUCCGGUACCUGUGACCCCGUGGUGGGCGCAUGCAACUCGGGAUGCAUGGCGGGAUGGAUGGGACACACGUGCAGAACACCCUGCCCAGUUGGCAUAUACGGUGAAGACUGCCUGAAGCGGUGCGGUCAAUGUGCCGAGAACCAGUGUGAUCGAGCCACGGGCAUCUGUACACAGGGCUGUCUAGCCGGGUACCAAGGACUAUACUGCCUCGAAGAGUGCCCCGACGGUCGUUACGGAGGCAGCUGCGGAGGCACAUGCGGGCAUUGCCGCCAGGGGGCGUCCUGCAACAAAAGCAGCGGCGUCUGCGAUACCGGCUGUGAUACGGACUGGGAGGGGCGUUACUGCACGCAGAAGAAACCGACGGACCCAUUUAUCUACAACAAUAACCUACUUCCGGAGGAAUCGGAAAUCAGAAAGCCGUCGACGGUCUCGUUGCUAGUGGUGAUCAUCGUGUUGCUAUUUAUAGCUCUCUCCUCGACUGUCCUCUACUUUCUGUGUAUUCGGCCGCGGCAGACGGACAUUGCCAAUCAGCUGACACGUCUGUCAUCGGUCCGAAGCAACGAGGAUGCGGAACCUCAUUUGUACGAGCAGGUCCAGUGCGGACCAUGGGAGAUAACCAAGGCAAACCUCGUUUUUACUUCGGAUAAGCUCGGUCAGGGUCAGUUCGGGCAAGUCCGUAAAGCCUUCAUCAAGAACAUCCGAAGUCACGACGUGGCCGUAGCGCUAAAGUCGCUGAAAGCAAACGCCUCCGAGAAGGAUAAGACGGACUUUAUGAACGAGUUGAUGAUCCUGAAGAAAGUAGGUCACCAUCCCAACGUCGUGUGCCUCGUCGGAUCUUGCAACAUUGGCGGCACAUUAUACCUGGCCAUGGAAUAUUGUCCCCAUGGUGAUCUACGCACGCAUCUCCGCGAGAGCCGGAAGCGGAGACAGAAGAUGUACAGCAACGUUCAGAACACGUCUGCGCUGUCUUACUCGAACAUGCUCAAGUUCGCGCUCGAUGUGGCCAGCGGAAUGUCACACCUAGCAGACAGACAGAUAAUCCACCGUGACAUGGCUGCUAGGAACGUGCUUCUAGAUGACAACUACGUGGCCAAGGUUGCCGACUUCGGGCUCUCUAAGAACGAUGAUACCUACGUGAAAACUACACGGUCGAAAGUGCCAGUCCGAUGGCUGGCCCUGGAGUCUAUAUUCAGUAACACCUACACCAUGCAGAGCGACGUGUGGUCGUUCGGAGUGUUGCUAUGGGAGAUCGCCACGUUUGGCGGCACCCCGUACCACGGGAUGGAUACCCAGCAGUUCUGUUCGCUCCUCAAGCAGGGCUACCGUCUGUGUCGACCCAGGCACAGUGACAUGGCACUGUACCGGUUGAUGCUACAGUGCUGGCAAGAACAGCCGGAAGCCAGACCGGACUUUAACGAUCUCAAAGCGAGGCUUCAAGCGAUGCUGGACGACACACAGAUUUACAUCAAUAUCGAUGACGAGAUGCCGUACACGGACAUGAACGGAGAGCUAUGAACGCUCCUUGUACAAGAUGCAUGUUAAAUAUAUGACAGAGGACGGGUAUAGCUAUAGAACGGUUCAACGGUUGUAUGCCACGGUCGGAUUUGAUGAUAUGAAAGUCAAUUCUUCUUGGUUGAGCAUCAAGUAUUAUAAAGGUGGAUGCCUUGGACAACGGUGGUUUGGACACACCGGUAGUCGUAUCUGUUACAAGACAAUGUCUUAACUGUAUGGAUGAUGAAUCGUCGUGACUGUAUUAUGCAAUGCGUUGAUAAUAUAGGAAUACACCGUAUUAACUGGUCUUAAUUAAACAGUGCAGAGUGUGUUGUGAUUGUGAAGAAAAGCCCGGUGGUUUAUAUGAAUACUGUUAUAUGAUAAUCUUUAUUUAAGUAACCGUAGAUUUUUUUGGUUUAUAUCAAGUUAAGUGAUAAUAAAUUGAUAUAUGACGUAAUUAAAAAAAAGAUGAACGCACAAGAAGUAAGCGAUGAAAACAUCAGUGACCUAUUAAAUGUGAUAACAGGUAGAUGCAAACACGUAUGUGAUAACAGGUAGAUGCAAACACGUAUGUGAUAACAGGUAGAUGCAAACACGUAUUUAAAACGAAUAACAAUCGUACUUUAUGAAAUUUUGACAUAUGCGUAACGACAUAGAAAGUAAUAGUGCAAGGGACGAAAGAUGCGAAAUCAAAUUUGUAUGAGGUGAACUAUUUCGAGUGUAUCUUGAUAACAAUAAAAACUUAAUAUUCCGUUGGACCGCACAUUGAUUUCGUCCAUGAAUUAAAUAUAAACGUUGGCGUUUUGACAUAUCUGAUUGGGUAGUUACGUCAUAACGGAGAGAUAAGCACUUUGUACUUUUACUUGAAACAGAACACUCAUUGAAAUACACCUUGGUAAAUUUUCCAUUGCGAAUGUCGAAAAUGAGAAUAUUAUAGUGGAUUGUACAUCAAAAGCUUAAAUUGUGCACCAAAUGACGUUCUUCAAUACUGAAAUAUAGAGUGCAAUGGAAUCGUUUAAAGCGGGUUGCAGGUUCGACCCCCUUGUAAUCGCUGACGUAUAUUGUAUGCACAGGUCAUUUAAAAUUAAGAAAGUAGUUAGACACGCUCAAUUCUAGCUCUUCUUAACGCGUUCCCAGUGAAGGGCUAUUAAAAAUCACACAAGCGAUGUCGGUUACAAUUAACUUUAAAAAUGAUUUUCUGUUUUGUUUUUUUUUGUAUGAGAAACGUGUUUAUACUCACGAAAACACACCUUUUCGGCCAUUUACGUUCGCAAAGGCUCUUUUAUUUCGCUAAAGCGCGUGUUAUGCAUUCAGCUUACGUCAGCGUCAACAACUUUAACACAGAAGUACUAAUGUACCUAUCAUUGCCAUUCGCUUGCAAGAUUAAGACAUGUAUUGUAUACGCGGCAUUCACGAAACGAUGCAAGUCAGGGAAUGUUGUAUUCGAUUUGUUAAGAGACUUUGUUAUACAAUUAAAUGAAAAAAUGCAAGUAACUGUUAAUAAAGUCGAUAAUAAUUUAAAUACAGUUAAACUUAUAUCCAAUAGAUUUCUUUUACAGAUUGCAAUCAUAACACUGUAUGUUUUUGUUUCAAUCUUAUCAUAAGAAUUUACAUUCACAUUGCUGUAAUUGAUUCGUUAAAUCGUACAAAAUACUUAAGGCGCGGUCUGGGAAAACUGUGCUUAAUGCAUGUGCGCAGUGUCGUCUCCAAUAAGCCUGUGCAGUUAGCACAGGCUGACCAAAACAACUUUCCGCGUUAAAGACUUCCGUUUAAAGGAAGUCUCUUCGAAACAAAAAUCAAGUUGAGGCAGAAAGUGAGGACUUUCCAUGCAUAUCUUGAACGACAUAUGUACACGUGCAUCACGACCGGUUUUCCAAGGGCGAAGCUGAAAUGUAAUAUAUUUUUUAUUGAAAAACGUGUGGACAUUAUGUACGUUACUUCAUUCUUACGUGUCCUUGUACAUGGAUAUUAUAUUGAAUUUCAUGUAUAUAUCUUUUUGAUGUUUUUAAUAAAACCAUAAUUAUA